GCCAUGCGCCUCACGUACGCUCGGCGCUCACUUGGCCGGGCCUGGCCACGGUUCGGCGCUCACCUCUCUCCUCCUGCGCCUGCGUCGUCCGUCCCCUGCUAGUCACCCCGGCUCAGAUCGGGAAGUGUCAAGCGGGAGCCGGUCUCCGCCGCCCCGGCUGCCGCCUGCCUACGGAGCCCCGAGGACACCGGCCCUGGCCCGGCCGGGCCCAGUAGUCAUGACGAACGUCUAUUCCCUGGAUGGGAUCCUGGUAUUUGGUUUGUUAUUUGUUUGCACCUGUGCCUACUUCAAGAAGGUGCCUCGCCUCAGGACCUGGCUGCUCUCAGAGAAGAAGGGAGUCUGGGGUGUGUUCUACAAAGCUGCUGUGAUUGGAACCAGGCUGCAUGCUGCUGUGGCAAUUGCCUGCAUUGUGAUGGCAUUUUACGUUCUCUUUAUCAAAUGAACUCUAAGACAUCUGAACCGCCAACUGCCAAUCAAGGGGCCUGGGGCAAGAGGUCUUUCAGGGACUUAUGCCCCCUGUAGAAGAGCCGGACUGAGAUCAGCAAAGCCCCUCAGGAUGACGCCGCAUCCUCUGCCCUUGCCAGACCUAGAAAAAGCUCCUUGGGAUCACCCACAUCAUCCAGGCUUGGGGGAAUUCCAGAAAGCCAAUUUCUCCACCUUCCUCUGAUCUGUUUAUAAAUGAAUCCACUGCGAAGAGUCUAUGGUGUUCAGCUACAUAGCGCACCUCUUGGUGAUAACAUUACAUACCUCUUGUUGAAGAGUACCUGUCAUGUAUUUUGUUCCUCAGCAGUUCUUCAGGACCUCGUAAAGCUGAGCAAGCCUGAGAAGAGUAGGAAGAGUAGGCUGGGGCAUGAUUUCUUGGGAGGGAGUAUUUUUCAAGUCUCAUUUUUCCCUGUUUGAUCUGGAUUGGGCAAAUUGGAUAAAUGGGAGUUAUGCAAUGCCAAGGAAGCGUUUGGCUUUGCAAAGUUCUCUAUUUUAUGUCCAUCUGGGGAUAUAAUAGAGACACGUUGCCUUCUGUGCACAAGGAGAGCAGAUGAACUAGCUAUGUGCUGAACGUGUGGGAGUUCUGCCAAGACAGUUUUUAGGAAUGGCUAAGGUUGGGAAAAGGCUUGUCUGGGAUCAGGCCAGAAGUGGAGACAUCCUAGAUAAGAGGAAGAGCUGGUAUCCAGAAUUGCAGAGGGCAUAGGGUUUUACCAGAUCAAAUGGCAUAUGGAGAAUUAGGAAGCUGUUAUUUUCCUUAAGCCUUGGUAGAUUUUUCAAAUUUCCUAGACAUGAAUGCUAUCAUUAAAGAAGUUUGAAAUGUAGCCACUGGGGGGAGGGGGAACUUUGAAGGAAAGAACAUUUCAAUUUAUUUGCAGUUGGGAGUGCGGGAAAACCUACCACAUUACAAACAUUUGUUAUUAGAUAUUAGAAAGAUUGGCAUUUCUAGCCAAAAUACUAAGAUCCAUACUUACUCUUUGAAAAGACUAGGUUGUUAAGACAGUCCUCAGUUUAUUACUUCUACUUUUUUCUGGCUACCUCUUGUGAUCCUACAUAUUAUACUUUAAUUGGAAACUACUAUGGGUGGGGAAAAAAGGGAAGAAUUGAGUCUGGGGAGGGGGCAGUGCGCUGCCAUUUGGAUGGUCUUCAUCCAUAUAUUUUUUCACAGUGUCUAGACAGAUUAGGGCUUUUUCAUGCCUCUGAAAUGUGGGAAAUAAGUAUGAAUUUGAGUUUGAGAUUAGGGGAGUUUUCCAGGAAGAAUGGGUGCUAAGCCUGUUUGGAGACCCCCCCCCCCAUUAAAAAAAAAAAGUAUUGACAUCUCCACCUCUCUUCUUUGAUCUACAGUGGCAUCAUUGGCCUUGGUGAGGCCAGGGCCUCUGCAUCAAAAAUAGACUCUAUAACAAGGGCUGAACAUAUUAAAUUACCUUGAACAACAAGCAUAGAUGUGAGUCUGUUAAUUGUCAAGGUUAAAAAAAAAUGGUUCUACUUUUCUAAAACUCUGAAGGAAAGUAUUUUCUCUGUGCUUGCCACAGGGAGAGCAGUGAAUUGUAUUUUGUACCUAUUCCCGCCAAACCAGCCAAAGCUUCUGGAAAGGAGGGUUUAGGCAAAAUGGGUCCAUUAGCUUUGGAGUCCCUGGCAACAGUAGGAAGUCAUGUAGUAAAACCCAACAAGAGCAGCCAUUUCUUGGGAUUGGUCUACAGGAAGAACGUGAAUGGUUGAUUCUGUUCUCCCUGGGGAUUGAUGGGAUCUUUGACAAGGAAGAAAUCUUCUUAAAGUGACUAUUUUGAAAGGGAGGAAUGAGAUCCACCUGGUCGGGUGAGCUUGGGACAGCUCACUAGAGACCCAGGUUCAGCACAUUUUGCACAUAUUGAGUUCAGUAGCUUUAAUGUUGUUUUUUUUUUUCCAAUAGGACUAACAUCUCUGAGGUUGGUGCUUAGAGCAGCUUCAUAGUUUAAACUAGUCCCAUUUCACAGCAGUUUGUCAAAACCAAUCUUCAUGGCUUCUUGAGUUGAUGAGUGUUUACUUUUGAGGGGUUUUAUUCUGAAAUGCUUUUCUUACCAAAAUGAACCAAAAAUGCACGAGGUGAACAUAAUUAUUCUGCAGAAAGAAAAUGCUCAUUUGUGUUUUUCACAGCUUGUUCAAUUCUUUAAGUAAGCAGAGAGCCAGGAACUCCUUAACCAACUGAAAUUAUCAGCUUGGCUAAUGUGUCCUAUCACCAAAAACCAAACAAAAACACUAGAAAACCAUUCCUUUGGGCAGUGAUGAAUUAGUGGCUGAAGGAGUUCAUUUUUCUGACGUUGACAGUCAUUGUAAAAAACUAGGAUUGCCAUAAACCUGUCCCCUUUAUGUCAAGUGGAGUGAGGAGGGCAGCUCCUUUUUUAAAGUUAAAAUACGAUUUUUUUACUUACCAUUGUCUGUACAAAUUCUUGGAAAUAAAAUCUCUUUCCCUAUA